AUGGAAACUAAUAGCAAACGUCGUCGUCUGGCAAAUGACACCUCACAAAUUGCGUCUUGGUUGGACGAAAUUUUGGAUGACGAGGACGGCGUGGAAGAAGAUUUUGAGGAAAGUGAUUGUGAAAGUGAACACACUGAUCACCAAAGUGACACAGAACAAUAUUCUGAUACCGACGCAGCACCGAAAAUAGUUUGCCCGAUCAAGGCGAUGUAUGAGGAUUCUGAACUGGCAGUACUGCACACUGGUACCAUAAGUAACGCAUUCUCGACCGACGAUGCAGCUAAACAAGACUGCCUUCUCUCACCACUACAUUUCAUCAUGGCCCUGGAAGAGGUCAUGUACCAAUACACCACCAGGCAAAUUGAGGAUUUGGACUUUGCCGAUGAUAUUUGUCUGCUAUCGCACAAGUUGAUCGAUAUGCAAGCGAAGCCAGAUGAACUAGUAAUGUUGGCACGCUAA